UGUGUUUACUGGAAUAUCAGCGAGUGGAUUGUAGAUGGUUGUUCUGUUUUAAAGACCAACAGCAGCUACACUGUGUGUUCCUGUGUUCAUCUGUCGACUUUCGCUCUCAUCAUGCAAACCAGCCGCCCACCAGAGAGCGAUUCUCAACUGCUGGAACUGUUGAAUUUGGUGUGUGUGAUCGUGGGGCUGGUGUUCUUCAGUUUAGCCCUGUUGACCUUUGCCCUUUGUCAGUGGAGCCCUAGAGUGAAUAAUGUGGCUCGAAUCAACAUCUGCAUCAGUCUUCUGUUGGCUCAUCUUCUGUUUCUGCUCACGCAGCAGUUCCUGAACGUCACACGGCCUCAGCAGGUGUUGUGUACCGUGAUCUCAGGCCUUCUGCACUUCCUCUUUCUCUCCGGCUUUGUGUGGAUGUUCAUUGAAGCUGUGAUGCUCUUCAUCUGUGUGAAGAACCUAUCACAGAUCAGCUCCAAAAAGAGGGAGGUGUUUAGCAGUGGAUUCCUGUGUGUGAUUGGGUAUCUGAUUGCUCUGGUUGUGGUGGGUGUCUCUGUCGGUCUGGUUCCUGAAGGCUACGGCAGCGAACUUUGCUGGAUUCAAAUUGAUAAAGGCUUCAUCUGGAGUUUUCUGGGUCCUGUUUGCGUCAUACUAGCAUCAAACACACUUCUCUUCAUCAAGAUCGUCAUCAGUCUGAACUCAACUCUCAAAAGUCUCAAUGCUGAGGUUUCACAGAUGAAACAAACCAAGAUUAUGGUGUUUAAAACACUGGCUCAGUUUGUGGUUCUUGGUUGCCCCUGGAUUCUGGGUUUCUUCACUAAUGGCAGGAAGGAGCUGGAGAUCCUCUUCCUGAUCUUGAACUCCCAGCAGGGAACCUUCAUCUUCCUGAUCUAUUGUGUCCUCAAUAAUGAGGUUAGGCAGCAGUACAAGAAGUUCUUCAGAUGUCUUUGCUGCAUCAAACAACACUGAUGACUACAACAUCACAUUCAGAAAGUAAUAAAUACUGCUCAAGUGCCAUUCAUAUAGAGGUUAUUGUAUAAAAGAGAAUCUGUGGGUUUGGAUGUUAAAUGUCAGGGUUGUCAAUCUUUUCUAAAAAUGAUAGAAAAGCAUGUUAUUUAAGUGUCUUAUUUUAUCACUGUUAAUACUACUGAUGUAAAGUCUUCUUUAAAGGGGUCAUCAGAUGCAAAGUUCACUUUUACAUGUUGUUUGAACAUAAAUGUGUGUUAGCAGUGUGUGUACACAACCACCCUAUAAUGAUAAAAAAAUACACCCAGUGCUUUUUUUUAAUCCCUAAAAAUCAUAACCCCUUUCUCAAAUCAAGCCAUUCUCUGAUUUUUGGCUUUGUGACAUCACACAAACCAGGACCGCUCCCAUGAUAGUUGAUUGACACUGUCUUUGUUGACACAUUGUCUUACCUUAGACCCACCCUAAUGAACAUAGUUGUCAUUUACUCCCGACAUCUGAGCCAUUGAAGACGCAGUGGAUUACUUUCGUUUUUGAAGAGAACACACCUCCUAUCUACCUAAAUGUGUCUAUGUUUGCGUGAAUCAUUCGUGAUCCAGCUUCACAUACAGAAGAAGUGAAUAUAAGGAUUUUGUAUAAAUCUUUGCAAAUCAGCUUUCCUAAUAAUGUGCUAGUUAGCAAGUUCCACAGCUAAAUGUGGCUAAAGUUUACAGUCUCUCAGAGAAUGACUCAUCACUGCACGCAAGAGCGGGGUGGGGUGAGUGAAGCUCAUUAGCAUUUAAAGGGACAUGCGCCGAAACUGCUCACCUUGAACAGAGCUGAUUUUGAUGAGGUAAAAAGGGUGUUGUUUUACACUACCAUUGAGAAAUUUUAACCAAAGUGUGUUAUAGACUUUUCAAUUAAGACCCUAAAGAAUUAUAUCAACUUGUGGAAAAUGGCCAGCUGAUGAUUCCCUUUAUUAUUAUUAUUAUUAUUAUUAUUAUUAUUUUUUCCAAAUGGUGGAAGGUAAAAAGCAUAUAUUUACACUUUUCUCAAAAUAGUUACUUUAUUAUUUUCAAGAAAAUGAUGAAAAAAAACAAACAAACAAAAAAAAAAAAAACUGGAAACUCCUGAAAAUUAUUUCAUGUGCUCAUGGUAAAGGGAAAUAAAUUACUAUUACGGAAUUCUAUAGUUGUGUGAGAUUAACAAAUUUAUAACUUUACAGUUAUAUCUUUGAUUUAAUGUACAUUCUUCUGU